GCAUGGACGGUCAGAGCCGGGCCGCCGCCGGCCCGGGGCGAGCCGAGGACCAGCCCUCCGACGCUCAGCGCCGGGCCCCGGACAGCAGCUCCAUCGACAGGUUCCAGCUGGAAGCCCUGGUCCCAGAGCUGGGCCAGGAAUGGAGUUGUCCACUGCACCGCUGCCCGCUGUCCCUGCUCCCCAGUGGGCCCGACCGGCACCCGCAGCCCCAGGCCCAGAGCUCCCCCAAGGCCCCGCACCCUCCCCGCCUCUCCUACCUCCAGACCCAGCAGGAGUGCCGGGGGGUCUUCGCCCCGGGCGGGCCCGGGGACAGGGCCGCCCUCUGCUCCCACCGCUCAAGCCUCAGCCCCUCUCCGGUCCCCUCGCAGCAGGACACCCCCUGGAAGGGUCAGCCCCUGCAACGCCACGUUGUCAGCGUCGGGCACGAACGGGCCUUCCGGUUGCCACGGAGCUACUCCCAGCUGAUCGCCGAGUGGCCACUGGCCGUGCUACUGCUAUGCCUGGCCACCGUCCUGCUGUGCACGCUGGCCGGACUGUUGGGGGGGCGACUGCCCGACUUUUCUCAGCCCCUCCUGGGCUUCGAGCCACGGGGCACGGACAUCGGGCGCAAGCUGGCGGUCUGGCGGACCGUGGAGGACCACACCGGCCCCAGGAAGGCCCUCCUUCUGGCCCCUGACCCCGAGCGGAACAGCUCCCUCGGUCACUUCACCGAGAGCUCCGUCGAUGGGGAGGAGCCAGGUCGGACCCAGAGGAUGGUGGAUCCCGUGGAGGGCAGAGAGCAGGAUGGCUUCUUCUGUGGUCCCCCAGGGAAGAGUUACUCGCAGCUGGUGUUCAUGUCCACCACCGCGGGCAGCCUGUGGAACCUGCCAGCCGUUCAGUCCAUGUGCCGCCUGGAGGAGGACAAGAUCCGCUCCCACGCCCGCUUCGGCGAACUGUGCCAGCGCACCGCAGCCAACGCCUGCUGCCCCAGCUGGUCCCUGGGCAACUACAUCGCCGAGCUGCACAACCGCUCCUCCUGCCUGGCGGUGACCCAGGCCGACCUCGCCCGCACCCUGGCGCUGCUGCGGGCCUGCGCCCCCGACUACCACCGCGGGGCCCUGGCACCCGCCUGCCUGGGGCCCGGCCGGAGCCGCCCCCCGCGCUGCGCCCGCUUGCCCGAGAAGUGCGCCCGCGUCGGGGGCACCGUGUACCAGCUCCUCCACUUCCUGGUGGACCGCGAUUUCCUGAGCCCCCAGACGGCCGGCUACCAGGUGCCGUCGCUCAAGUACAGCCUCCUCUUCCUGCCCACCCAGAAGGGGGCCUCCAUGAUGGGCAUCUACCUGGACGCGCUGGCCUCGCCGCAGGGCCUGUCGGACAACUUCACCACGGUCACGGGCAUGGACCUGGGCCUGAAGGAGCAGCUGUUCCGCCACUACCUGGCCCGAGACCUGGUGUACCCGCUGCUGGCCGUGGGCACCAUCUUCCUCAGCGUGGCCCUCUACCUGCGCUCGCUCUUCGUCACCCUCAUGGCCCUGCUCGUGGUCCUGGGCAGCCUGCUGGUCUCCUUCUUCCUCUACCGGGUGGCCUUCCGCCUGGCCUACUUCCCCGCGGCCAACCUGGCCGCCGUGGUCCUGCUGAGCCCCGUCUGCGCCAACCACAGCCUGGUCUUCUGCGACCUGUGGAGGCUCAGCCGGGGUCAGCUGCCGCCCGCGGCGGGCCUGGUGCAGCGGGUAGGCCGCACCCUGCGGCCUUUCAGCUACCUGCUGCUCCUGUCCGGGCUGACGUCCAGCGCCGCCUUCUUCGCCAGCUCCCUGAGCCACCUGGCCGCCGUCCGCUGCUUCGCCGUCUACAUGGGCACGGCCGUCCUGGUGAGCCUGGCGCUCACGCUCACCUGGCUGCCCUCGUCCAUGGUGCUCUACGAGCGCUACCUGGCCCCGGCCUGCGCCGCCCGGGCCGCCCGGGGCGGCGGCGGGGCCCGCAGGCUGGCGCCGGCCCUGGCACUGGCCCGCCGCCGCCGGGCACUGCGCCGGGCGCUGGCGGGCGCCUCGCGGCUGCUCUUCCAGCGGCUGCUCCCCUGCGGGGUCAUCAAGUUCCGCUACAUCUGGGUGUGCUGGUUCGCCGCGCUGGCGGCCGGGGGGGCCUACAUGGCCUGCUUCAGCCCCCGCCUGCGCCUGCCCACCCUGACGCUGCCCGGCAGCCAGCUCUUUCGGCCCGGCCACCCCUUCGAGCGCUUCGACGCCGAGUACCGCCAGCAGUUCGGCUUCGAGCGGCUGCCCCGGGGCGAGGGCGGGCCCAUGCCCGUCGCCCUGGUGUGGGGCGUGCUGCCCGUCGACACGGCCGACCCCCUGGACCCCCAAGGCCGGGGCGCCCUGGUGAGGGACCCCGCCUUCGCCGCCGGCGGGACCCAGGCCCAGCGCUGGCUGCUGGCCCUGUGCCACCGGGCCCGGAACCAGAGCUUCUACCGCGCCGAGCCCGACGGCCCGCCCAGCCUGUGCUUCGUCGAGGAGCUGCAGCGCUGGCUGGACGCCCGCCCCUGCUCCACCCCGGCCCCCGGCCCCGGCCCCGGCCCCGGCCCCGGCCCCGGCCCCGGCCCCGGCCCCGACCCCGACCCCUGCUGCGGGCCCGCCCGCUUCCCCCUCGUCCCGAGCCUCUUCCUGCGCUGCCUGCGGCUCAUGGCCCAGGAACGGGCCCGGGCCCCCGGCCGGGCCCGGGACCUGGGCCUGCGCUUCGACGCCUCGGGCGACCUGGCCGCCCUCGUCCUGCAGUUCCAGACCACCUUCUGCUACAGCGCCAACUACACCCGCACCCAGCGCUUCUACCGCGCCGUCAGCCGCUGGCUGCGGGACGAGCUGGCCACCGCCCCGCGCGGCCUGCGCAACGGCUGGAUGACCGGGCGCCUGGAGGUGUACAGUCUGCAGCUCAGCCUGAGCACGGAGCCCGGAGCGGUGCUGGGCCUGGCCGUGGCCCUGGCCUUCGCCACCCUCCUGCUGGGCACCUGGAACGUGCCGCUCAGCCUCUUCUCCGUCACGGCCAUCGCGGGCACCGUGCUGGUCACGGCCGGCCUGCUGGUCCUGCUGGAGUGGCAGCUGAACGCCGCCGAGUCCCUGUUCCUGUCGGCCGCCGUGGGGCUGUCGGUGGACUUCACGGUCAACUACUGCGUGUCCUACCACCUGUGCCCGCACCCCGACCGGCUGAGCCGCGUGGCCUUCUCGCUGCGCCACAUGAGCCGCGCCACGGCCGUGGGCGCCUCGGCCCUGUUCUCGGCCGGGGUCCUCAUGCUGCCCUCCACCGUGCUGCUCUAUCGCCAGCUGGGCAUCUUCCUCCUCACCGUCCGCUGCGUCAGCUGCGGCUUCGCCAGCUUCUUCUUCCAGUCGCUCUGCUGCUUCUUCGGGCCGGAGAGGGGCUGCGGGCCGGUCCUGGGCUCCCGCGGCCCCUUCCCGCGGCCCUCCGCCGCCGAGGAGCCCGGCGGGCCCAGGAGGGGUCGCUCCGGCCGGGGCCCCCUCAGCGCCCCCGGCCCCGCGGCCCCCGACCGGUUGGAGCUGCGCCCCCUGAGCCGGCCCCGCAGCGACAGCUUCGACACCAGCACGGCCACCAGCAAGCUGAGCCACAGGCCCUCCGUGCUGUCCGAGGACCUGCAGGACGGGCCCUGCUGCCCACGGGCCCCCGCCCCCUCCCCGGCCCCGCACACCUCUUCCCCUUACCGGGAGGGCGCCCCCGCCGCCUGGCCCCGGGAGGAGAGGGACCCCGGCCGGGCCCCCCCCUCCCCUCCCGCAGAAGACCCCUCGCCAGAGAGCCCCGCCGCCGGCCCCCCGGCCCCGGAGCGGGGUCAGCUGAACGGCCAGAGGGGCGGCCUGAGGUUGGCCCUGCGAGAAACCGUCUACGACCCGUCCUCGCCCGCCUCCUACCCAAGCGGGUUGUCGCGGAGGGCCCGAGGGGCAGCCGCAGGGGAGGGGCCCGUCGUGCUGCCCAACAGCCAGCCGGACCUGCCGGACGUGUGGCUGCCCAGGACCAGCUCCCCGCCGGCCGGCUACGGCAGCUGAAGCCACCGGCGGCCCGGGCGGGGACGGACGUGGGAUCGACCGGAGGCCGGAGCCGGAGUCGGGGCUCUGAUCCUCCCCGCGACCCCUGGGGAUGCAAGUCGGGUCUCAGCCAUCCGCCGGCCUGGGCCCCGCAAGACAUCCCACUGCCAGGCGUUGAGUUGGACGAUUGGGAAGGAGGAAGACCUCCUGGGAAGCCGCUCGGACGGUGGGUGGGCCCAGUUCCUGGCUCCCGGAGGCCGGAGGGGGUCUCCCCGGCCCGGCCCUGGAGGUCGCAGAGAAUGCCCCCUGCCUCAGAAACUACGAGCCUGUACUUUCUCACAUUUGGCUGCCACUCGGGGGACCAGGGGGACCUGGAGUGAGGGGGGUGAGGGGGGUGAGGGGUCCGCGGGGCCAGGGGGAUGGGCCUCCAGGCGGCCUGCCUGAGGGAGGGUAGCUGCCGAAAGAAAUUCAAGGAGAAACAGGAACUAGGCCGGGCGAGGCCUCAGAGCCCUCUCCCAGGAUCAACUCCGGGUACCUCGAUUUGCCCCCCAGUGUCAGCUGAUGCCCUCCGGGCCGACCGUCGUCAAAACUGUGGGAUGUGGGAUGAACUGGAUGUAUGCUGUGGGGAGGGCGCUGUAUUGGGUGUCUCCUGAGGGCGUUACGGUGUACCAUGCACCUACUGUGUGCAGAGCGCUGUCCUGGAUCCCGGGGAACCUACGGCUUAAGUGAAAGACACUGCCCCUUGCCCUCAGGUUGAUGAUGACCGACAAAGGGAGAUAAAAGAACACGAAUAGCCAACACGGGCCAGGUAAAAGAAUGAGAGAGUAGAGAUGGAUAAAAUAAACAGAAAUAAGCUAUUGAAUAAA